UGCCUGUCUCAUCAGACACACAAAACACACACGCAUGACUACUUCUAACAGCCACAGAGGACUAUCUGCAGAAAGACGACAGCAUACUGCUAACAACAAACAAGGACACUAUGGAAGAACAGCUCAUGUUUGCUCAGAAUAACCGUGAGCGGAUCCAGGCUGUGGAGAAUUCAUUUGGGCCGUCUGGGAAGGCCUUGUCCCAACCGGGCCGGGUCCUGAUCGGAGAGGGCCGGCUGAUGAAGCUGAGCCGCCGGGGGCCACAGCCCAAAGUCUUCUUCCUCUUCAACGAUGUGCUGGUGUACGGCAGCAUCAUUUUGAACGGACGAUGGAACAAAAAGCAGCAGGUCAUCCCUCUAGAGUACAUCCAGAUAGAGGACUUGGAGGACAGCACGAAAAUGAGGAACCAAUGGUUAUUGCGCACCCCACGCAAGUCCUUCUACAUGGCGGCGGUCUCGUACGAGGAGAAGCGAGCCUGGAUCGAACACAUCGAGGAGUGCCAGUCCAGGCUGCAUAGCGCCGGCUCCAGGCCAAGACCCGACUUCGCCGUUACCUGGAUCCCCGACCAGGCCUCUGCGGUCUGCAUGCGCUGCUCCAACAGCUUCAGCGUGACCCACCGGCGUCACCACUGCCGGAAAUGCGGCUUUGUGGUCUGCGGGGCUUGCUCCAAGAAGCGAGCAGUAAUCGAACACAUUCACCCCACUAAGUUCUUGAGGGUCUGCAACAUGUGUCACUCCAGCCUUUCCACAACGAAACAUCGAGCAGAGAUCAAGGAGGAGUCUCGUGGGAUGGGGAGCAGCACCGACAAGAUAUGCUCCGAUGAAGAUGAGGUGGAUUGGUGCAGUGAGGAAGAGGAGGCAGAGGAGCAGCUGGAGGAGCAUGACCCCAGCAGAUGGAUGGACUCUCUAAUGGACUCCUGGUCCACAUAUGUCUACCUGAAACCAGAGCAUGUGAGGCCCCUCACAUGAGUUGGACUAACAUGGACACACAACUAAAGCAGCUUUGCAAGGCAUUAUGACUAAACAAAACAAUACUUUAUAAAGUCAAACUAUUUUGUACAUAUUGAAUUGAAUUUGUAGGUUUCUAUAUUUUUGUUUCACAUUUUGCUGUUUGUGGAAACUAUUGCUGUGAACUUGAUUUGUUACACUAUUUUAUUUAAGGCUGGUUUCAGUCACGUAUGUCUAUGUUAAUGUUUGUGCACAUGAGAGCAUUUGGACCUGAUGCAUGCGUCACAUGACAAAUAAAGCACUUUCAAAGUCAAAA